GAAAAAACAUUUAUUUUAAAAUAAGGGGAAAACAGAGCAGAAGAUGAAAAAGUAGUGAGGAAGCUAAAGAUGUGGGAAAAAAGAAGGACAUGAGGAAGGGGGUAAAUGGAAGGGAAAGAAAUUAGAUGAAGAUAGAAAAGAGGAGGUGAUAGGAGGGGGAAAAGAAGGGACAGGGAGAGGGGAAGAGCAGAAAGAGACAAGAAAAAAGAAAGUAAAAAGAAAAAGAACUAAAAAGAAGAUUUUUUUUAAAGAUGAAAGGGGUAAGAGGAGAAAAAAGAGGGGGAUAAAGGAGAAAAAGAGGCAGAGAGAUAAAAGGAGGAGACAGGAGGAAGAAUGGGGAAAGAGAAGGAGAAGAGGAAAAAAAGAGGAGUAAAGAGAAAAAGGAAAAGAGGAGGAGUGGGGGGGGGGGGUGACUGAGAGACUGACCCCUAUUUCUCUCUCUCUCUCCCUCGCUCCGGAACAAUGGCAGAUAAGCAGAUGAUGCUUCUUUCAGUCUUUCAUCACUGCUGAUCUGAAUUACACACACACACACACACACACACACACACACACACACACACACACACGCUGCAGCUGCUGCACGGCUCCUUUCUGGGUUAUGGACACGCGAGUGUGUGUGUUUAUUUUUUCAUUGGCAAGAGAGAGAGAGAGCAAGAGAGAGAGUGUGGCAUUCUGGGAAAGAAUGAGAGGAAAUGAGAGAGAGAGGAGGAUGAUGGAGGGAUAGAAGACGGAGAGAGAAGCAAUCCGUAUGUCUGAUUUUGGUCGAGGUGAGAAGACACAGUUUGAAGGCAAAGCUGCUGAAUUUUCUUUUCAUUCGAACCUUUAGCACUGUGAAGAGCUGAAACCUGAGCCCCAGGUGGAAAUGUCGGGCGUCUCAGAUCUGAGAGAGUGUGAUGAGGCGGGUGUGUCGGUACAGGGUGACGCUGACGUGCUUUUGGAGGAAGACGAGGAGGAGGAUGAAGAGGAGGAGGACGACACGGCGAGCAAUAAAGAGCUUUUAGAGAGACUCCGAGAUCUGGAGGCGGAGAACACAUCACUAGCUCUGGCGAACGAGAGUCAGAGAGAGGCAUAUGAGCGGUGUUUAGAUGAGGUGGCGAAUCACGUAGUGCAGGCUCUGCUGAACCAGAAGGACCUGAGGGAGGAGUGUAUAAAGCUGAAGAUGCGAGUGUUUGACCUGGAGCGACAGAACCGAACUCUGACUGACUUCCUCACACACAAGCUGCACUUUUCUUCUUCACCUUUACACCAGUUAUCGUCAGUAUCAUGUGCAGAUCACAGAUCAGAUCCAUCACUAGUCAUCAGCGAGACGCCGGACGCCAUCACCUCUCAGGGGAAAGUGACGGACAAUGAUGAUUGUGCACAAAACAUCACAGAAAGCUCGACUCAAGCUUCAUCAUCAUCAUCCAUGGAGGCCAUGUCUCCAUUCCUCAAGAAGAAAGCACACAUCCUGGAGGUUCUUCGUAAGCUGGAAGAAUCGGAUCCCCUCAAGUUUCAUCCAUCUGCUUGCUAUCAUCAUCAUCAUCAUCAUCAUCCUCAUCCUCACACGCAGUUACCAGGAGAAGUGACUAGUAUGGUGAACCCGUGUCCACAUCAACACCAGUGUAGACAGUCCAGUUCAGAUUCGGAUCUUCACGAACACACUCAUGGUAAUGCUGAGAGACAACAGGACAGUCAUGCGUCCUUAAACUCUGGAGGUUGUCCAUCAUGUCUUAUCCUGCAGCAGAGAUCAAGCUUGGAGCUGCUUAAGGGUAAUCAAGGACUCUGUGUGCCAUCAGGUUCUGGCAAAGAUGAUACAAAAGGACAAAUGUGGUCAGAAGAAUGUGGUGCUUCAGGACAGAGUACAGAAAAAAAGCUAAGUAUAGACAAAACCAAUGAGCCUAGCUCAGAAGAUCCAAAGAAAGACUGCAAAAAAAGACAAUCAAGCAAAAUAUCACCUACAAAGUCAAAAGGUACCAAUAAAUAUCACCAUGAUAAGAAAUCUGAAACUAUUCCAUCACCAAAAGGGGGGAAACUGAAGGAGUCUCUCACAUCAUCUGAGAAACAAGAACAUGAGAUCUGCAAUGGAGACUUCUCAACAUCUAUAGAAACUACAGUCUCCAAGAAAGCAUCAAUUGGCUCGUAUUCUUCAGCCUCAUUGCCUGAGAGAAGUACUGCAGCAUUUUCACAGCAGCAGGUCGCAGAAAAAAAGUCUACGCAAAGUCCAGCGUCCUUGUUUGGUGAAUCCAAACCUUCAGCGUCAACACUCCUGAAGUUGCUCAAGAUACCUUCAGCAUCUGAGAACAUGGCAUCAACCAAUGCAUUUCGCUUGAGUACUCAACUGACACGAAACUCUAAAAUCCCAUGCAGGAAUAACUAUGAAAUGCAGACACGGAAUGCGACCGCAACAGAACAAACUUCCUGCUCUAAAACAGAUUCGUACCCUGGCACCCAUUCAGCCCCGACAUCUCCACCAAAUCCUGAGGAAACAUCAUCCAUUCCUAUCAAAGAUCCAGGGUUUAGUAGCCACUCUGCCCCUAAACCGAGCAAGGUUUCUAAAGCAGGUGCUCAGGUACCUCACUAUGAAAAUGUUGUUGGUCCUUCCACUUCCAAUUCCACUACAGCUACCAAAGACACCACAGAAUUUACUGAAAAGCAAAAAAUGAACUGGAGAGAUGAAAAGGUCCUCAAUCCACUUUCCUCAGAUUCAUCAACGAGCACAAGUGACUCAUCUUCCUCCUCAUCAGAUCAGGACACAGACACAGAAAGUCCAGUUUGGCAAAGACCUCAGAACCAUUUCAGCCUCCCAAACUCAUCAUCUUCUGUAAAUAAGGCCCAGAGGAUGAGCUACCCAAGUAUGAAAGAUGGAUAUCAUGAAAGAGGACCUCCGGUUGCAUCUCCGAAAGGUGGAUCUUCUAGUGCGUCUCAGGUCGUGGUUAAAAGAAGAGACAGACAGCCAUCUGUGCAAGACAGAAGAGAAAUCAGCAGCAGCUACAGUGAGACGAGUUAUCACCCAUUCAAAGAACGUUUGGCGGUUCUUGGAAGACUGCAGAAUGUUGAAGAUAUGCAUCAACCUGGAGUAAAAAGGGGAGCACAGAGUAAUGUUAGCAGACCUGUUGCAUCCACUGGGAAAGGAGAAAGGAGCAAAACAGCAGAAAGACAAAUAGAGAGAAUCGCAUUGGAACAGCGAAAACACACCGGUUCACUCGAAGGAAAAUCAUAUCCUAAAAAUAGCUUUGGCAAUUAUGCCAAGGUACAUGCAUCAGCAGCAGCAGCAGCAGCAGAUAGGAAGUACAUCACAAAGCCAGACGGUCAAAAGACUAGAACAGGAAUGCCAUCAACAGCCUCAUGUGAAACCCUUGUAGUAAUGCGAAGCUAUGGGAAGUGUCCCAAUCCCCUGAACAAAACAGUACCAAGUCCCCAAAGCAGCCCUACCAGAGGACAAUCCAAGUCUCCAUCCAAGGCUGGAAAUGCUUCUUCUUAUCCUCGAGGAAUGAAACCAGUUCAGGAAGAACGUCUGAACCUUCAGAAGCAUCAGUCACCCAAACUCACAGCUGGGAAGAAAAAGACUUUUACACAUGUAGACACCUUCCCACCUCCCCUCCCAUCAAAAUCUGCACCUGACUCGGCCAAUUCUGUUCAAGAGAAGAAACUUUCUGUCUCCAUCGAGCAGAAGGUCAUGCGAGGAAUCCAGGAAAACAUGCUUAAACUGCAGGAACAAGAUCGAGGACAAGCUGUGGAAACAAAACAGAAAGCAUCCAACGGGAUUGCAAGUUGGUUUGGGUUGAAGAAAAGCAAGCUUCCUGCCCUUAGUCGCAAACCAGAAAUGUCCAAAAUCAAAUCGAAUACGUCUUCAUCGUCCACGUCCUCAGGAACCAAAGACAUCUCAGGGGCCAAAGGAGGGUCCAGGAAGGUAGUGGAAAGUUUAAAUAUCUCAAAGCUGAUGGAAAAGGCGGAGGAUUUACGGAAGGCUUUGGAGGAUGAAAGGGUGUAUGUGAAAGGAGUCGGAAUUCCGCUUGAUCGUUCAGCAAGAGGACGCUCGUGUGAAGUUAUCGUGGACCAAACACAAGGUCAAUUAUCGCUGAUGUACACAGGUGUGACGGGUGACAGCUUCAUGCAGCAGCUACUGAACAGGGUGGAUGACAGUGGAGCGUCCAGUUUUGGCAUCAUGCACAGGCGUCUUUCCUUCGACUCUAAAAGGUCACGUCCUGUUUUUGGCCAUCAGCAAAGCUGUGUCCGUCAAACCAGGAGCGGGGAGGAGAUCAAAUGUUCAGAAAUGACCCGAGGUGAUGACGUGACGUCUGAUGAGAGCCUGGCCGAGUCCGUCAGCUCGCAGCACUUUAAAGGCUCCAUGCGCACUCUGGACAGUGGGAUUGGGACGUUCCCGCUUCCUGACUACGCCAGCAAUGCUGCCGGAAAACUAAACCCUAAACUCCAAAGCUCAUCUGUUUCUCACCAAGCGGCGAUGAAACCUCGAAAAACACGAACCCUAGAAGGAGGACUAGCAUCUUUAGAUGAAGUGAACACUUCUGUACUCUACACUUCUCCACUAGAGGCCAAGGGAACAAGUGUGCAUCUGUCCAGCACCAUCCACGAAGACAUUGAUGUCUAUGGAGCUCAUUUUCAAGCCCCACCCACUGCAAACUGGGCGUUUCCCAAACCAAGAGUAUCAGAAGCACAGACGGAACCACCAAGCCAGCAAACUCCAUCAAAGCGGGUGAGAAUACGAGCGAAAACACACUCAAACACUCCACUGUCUCCAGGUCAAACACUCCAUUGUCUCCAGCUCAAACACUCCACUGUCUCCAGCUCAAACACUCCACUGUCUCCAGCUCAAACACUCCACUGUCUCCAGCUCAAACACUCCACUGUCUGCAGGUCAAACACUCCACUGUCUCCAGGUCAAACACUCCACUGUCUCCAGCUCAAACACUCCACUGUCUCCAGGUCAAACACUCCACUGUCUCCAGGUCAAACACUCAAAUACUCCACUGUCUCCAGGAUGUUUUGUUUGCUUUCACAGAGUUUGGAUAAAGUUCCUCAGGUUCCUCGUGAUGUGGAACCAAGAACCGUUUCACCGUCAGGAGGACGACGGGGGAAGAGUCGAAGUCAGGGGGCCCAGGACACGGUUAAAGACGGAAAUGCAGAUUUAAUGAAGGAACGAAGUGAAGAACUUUUAUCUCCAAAUCGGCCUCAAGUGUCUGAAACCCCGGAAUCCCUCAGCGACUCGCUGUACGACAGUCUGUCCUCCUGCGGGAGUCAGGGAUAAAAAAAAAAGAAAAGAAAAAAAGAAAAAAAAACCUUGAAAAGUAAAAUCUCAACCAAACUCAUGUUCUCAGUUUGUAUUUUGGAACAACUGAAGCUCCAAAAGCAGGAACUGAUCCUUCAGCAGCGCACUCACACUAAUGUUUGCUUUAAAUUUGCAUUUUAUCAGUUUUGCCUGAAUAAUUCUGAACUGAAAUUAUGAAAAAAAUCAGGUGUGAGAGAAAAGAUCGGCCUUGUACUGCACUAAAAAACAACACACACACACACACACACACUCCAUGUGUUCUGUCUGAAUAUAGAAUAUUCUAGCACAUUUCUAUCCACUGACAGAAAAAAACAAACGCAUGACUGUCACACAUCUGCUGGAAAAUGCUGAGUAAUUAACAGAUCGCUUUAAUGAAGGAUGAACACGUCGAUGAUUUUUACCUGUGAUUAGCAUCUCAUUAACAUAAAAUUUAAAAAAAAUACUG